AUGAAGGUACACGUGAAAAACUGGCAUGCUAUCGCACAGUGGCGUUGGGACACAGGCGCCUCCGACGCGGACGACGACGGCGAGGGCGAUGUCUGUGGUAUAUGCCGUGUCCCAUACGAAGGCUGUUGCCCAUCUUGCAAGAUGCCCGGAGACGAUUGUCCAUUGAUCUGGGGAGAGUGCAGUCACGUAUUCCAUAUGCAUUGUCUGUUGCAGUGGAUAGGGACGGCAGCGUCCAAGCAGCAGUGUCCGAUGGAUCGAAGGCCGUGGGUGACGGCUGAGCGGAAGGUUGCCAAGCAAGGACGAUGA